GGCGGGGCUGUGGCAGCUGGAGGUGGCGGCGGUGGCGGCGGCGACGCGUCCGAGCAGACGCUGAGAGAGGCCCUGGAUGAGGGCUUUUGCCCCAGGCCUGGCAGCUGUGUGGCUCCGGAAAUCCAGUCAAGGAGAGAAGCUGGCCACGGGGAGUGGGCACCCUACCAAAGAAGGACCGAGUCCCCACCGUCCCAAGCAGGCCUGGGAUGGGUAAUGGUGUGAAGGAAGGCUCGGUGCGCCUGCGUGAGGAUGCCGAGGCUGCCCUGUCCUCGCCCGUCUCUUCAAAGAGAGACCACAGGCAAGUGCUCAGCUCCCUGCUGUCCGGCGCCCUGGCUGGUGCUCUCGCCAAGACGGCAGUAGCUCCCCUGGACCGAACCAAAAUCAUCUUCCAAGUGUCUUCAAAAAGAUUUUCUGCCAAGGAGGCCUUCCGGCUCCUCUACUUCACCUACCUCAAUGAGGGCUUCCUCAGCCUGUGGCGCGGGAACUCGGCCACCAUGGUCCGCGUGGUGCCCUACGCUGCCAUCCAGUUCAGCGCGCACGAGGAGUACAAGCGCAUCCUGGGCCGCUACUACGGCUUCCGCGGAGAGGCCCUGCCCCCUUGGCCUCGCCUCCUUGCUGGCGCUCUGGCUGGAACCACCGCCGCUUCCCUCACCUACCCCCUGGACCUGGUCCGAGCAAGGAUGGCGGUGACUCCCAAGGAAAUGUACAGCAACAUCUUUCACGUCUUCAUCCGAAUCUCGCGAGAAGAGGGGCUGAAGACCCUAUACCACGGAUUCACACCUACAGUGCUGGGGGUCAUCCCCUAUGCCGGGCUGAGUUUCUUCACCUAUGAGACUCUCAAGAGCCUGCACAGAGAGUACAGCGGCCGCCCGCAGCCCUACCCCUUCGAGCGCAUGGUGUUCGGGGCCUGUGCCGGCCUCAUCGGCCAGUCGGCCUCGUACCCGCUGGACGUGGUGCGGCGGCGCAUGCAGACUGCAGGCGUCACCGGCCACCCGCACGCCUCUAUCCUGAGCACGCUGCGCACCAUCGUGCAGGAGGAGGGCGCCGUGCGCGGCCUCUACAAGGGCCUGAGCAUGAACUGGCUCAAGGGCCCCAUCGCCGUGGGCAUCAGCUUCACCACCUUCGACCUCAUGCAGAUCCUGCUGCGGCGCCUGCAGAGCUAGGGGACUCUGUGGGGCAGCUGCUCUUCAGAUGGUGGACCAGUGACCCCUUGGGUGUUCUGAGCCCACAGAAGAAGGGUGUGGUUGGUUCCACCCCACGAGCCACGAUGUGGCGCUUUGUGGAACAGACAGUGGGCCUGGGGACCUGGGCUUGGAGCCCACAGGUCCAAGAGCAAAGCGGGCAGGCCCUUCGAAGUGCAAUGUUGGGACGGUGGAUCGGGGCUCCCACGCUGUCCCCUCCCUUCUUCCCUGGGGCUGGCACUGCCUCUAAAGGUGUUGCCCAAAUGCCCAAAGUGGAGAGUGGCUGGCUCCGCCUCCUGGCGCUGUGUGUCGUCACAUGCUGCUUAUUCAGUGACACCUGUCCACACUAGCUCAGAGCCUGUCCGGUGUCGCUCUAGCUCUGUGUGCUGUGCCUGGCCUCCAUACUGAGCAGGAUGGGUCCCUGUCCGGGAUGGGACAAGCCUGGUGCUCAGCCGUGGCUACAAAUGCAGCCCCUCACCUGCCCCACCACACCCCACCCGUCCACCUUCAUUGUUUCCCAGGUGACAAUUCCUCUGUCUCCACAGCCUUGUCCCCAGAGCAUCAUGUCCUUCUUAGACUCCAAGGUCAAUGUGGGGUCCCCAGCAGGUCUUUCUUACUAUUGCUGCCUACUUACUGUGUAACCAUCGCAAGAGGGUCCCCACACUGCAGGAUUUGGCACAGACCAUGACACAAGGCCACCUCAGGUUUGGGUCUGACCCCCAACCUGGCAGUAUCUGCUGACAAUAGCACCCCAGCCACCCCCUGUAGGCCUGAAAGCUCCUGCCACACCAGCCACCCCAAUCUGCCCAGUUGUGACAUUGGUGAUCCCUGGCUCCUUACUUGAGCAGGAACUUGGUUAGAAAUCGCAGCAGUUUAGGCCCAUGAUUCCCAUAAAGAGCAUGGAGGUGUCUGGUGGCCUCGAUGCUGCUGGAGUGGGAGCACCUCGGGAGCCCUGUGCCAGCUGGUCUUAUGGAACAGCACCCUGGGGCCCUCCAAGUAUCACAGGGACCCAGAAACACCCCUUUCCUAAUAACGUAUGGGGUUUUUUGACUUUUUUGUUUUGUUUUGUUUGGUUUGGUUUUGGUUUUGGUUUCUGAUCUGUCCAGCCCUGAGCGUAUUCACACCAAAUCCCCGUCUGCGGUGAUCAGGGUCCGUCCAGGGUGACGGUGAAGUGGGUUCUCACGGCGGGCUCAGCAGCCACCCCUGCCCAGGAUCUGAGCGGGCGCAUUUGUCCCUCGUGUGUUUGCAAUCGUGUCUUCCGUCCCUUCCCUCCCUCCUGUCCUCUUGGUUCUUUUCUCUGUACCUGUGAGUGUGAAGACCCCGUCUCUGACCUUCCCUGCACGUGUCCACCAGCCGUCCCCCAUCACAUCUCCAGUCUCAUCCUCAGAGGCCCAGGUAGCCUGUGGUGGCCUUGAGGGGCUGUCCUCUUAAGUAACAUCUCACCCACUUUCCCAACCUUGUCCAGCCCCAGACUUGGCAGGAGGGGCCCAGCGCCCCUCCCAGGGAGAUGAGGAGUGGGCAAGGUCCUGGGCCAAGGAGAGUGCAGGGGCUGGGGUCCCAUCCCAAGCAUGUGACACCAAAUGGAUAAUUGGGCAGUGCCCUCCUUUGGGCCAUGGCUGGGCAGGAGAGUCCCCAGGCUCUGCUGGCCCCAGCGUGCCCCGCCCUGGUGGCUCCUGUCUCGGUGGGCCUGGGCAGGGCUGCCCCUGCCCCUGUACACAGCCAGCCGGGUAAUGGAGCCUCUGAGGUCAGCCCCUCCCUGCUGCUCGCUGGUCCUGGUCUGGAGUUCUAUUUUGAUGCCAUGAAGACACUUUGUUUAUAUAUAAUGUUUAUAUAUUUUAAAGAUUUGUGCCAAGAGAGUAUAUUUAAUAAAAACGUA